AUGUCCAACCCAAACAUAAACAGAAAGAAGGCCAGACUAUACAACAGUCGUAACAUCCGGGCUCAAUCAACUGAUCCAUCUCUUGACUCCAAGGAGAAACUAUCGGUGCCCACUUUCCUCGCCUCACGCCAAUUCGAAAUCAAAUCAUUUGAAUUAUCCCAAUUAAACUCCAAGAAUGCAUUGAGUACCCGGAUCUUUCAGAGCUUGCCCAGAUCAUUGCGUCGAAGGGCCGCUUCACAUAAUGUCAAGAGAAUACCUAAACGACUUCGAGUCCGGGCCGUGCGUGAAAUGAGCGCUACAGGGCCCGUGAAGCGGAUGCCCAAGGGCAGACAAUUGUACAAGAUCCAAUCUGCGAAACGAUUGUUGCGAGUGGCAGGGCGGUUGAAGUCCAUGAAGCAGAUUCCUGAGUUUAAACUGGUUAAUAUUCGUCAACAGUACAAGCUAUUAAGUAAGCAAUUGAAGGAGUUAGUAGAGAAUAAGAAACUUCCACAAGUUAACAAUGCUGUUGGUUCAAGAGAUGUGGUUGGGAUUAACAAGUUGACCAAUGCGCCUUCAGGUAACAUCAAGUAUUUUAAAAGACAGAGGGACUUUGUAUGGUUGCCUACUCAUAUAUGGCACGCGAAGCGAUUUAAAAUGAUCAAGAAUCACGGAUAUCAAAUUCCCCAUACCCCUACUCAAAAGUGUUUCAAGCUGAUGAGCAGACAAGGCAAGACCAAGGCAAUUGCAUUUGAUACGAGCUACUACGGAACAAUGAUUAUCAAUAUACCUGAUAAACAGCUGUACAAGAAUGUUUUACACGAUCUCAUUAGAACAAAAUCAACCAAAGUUGUCAAUGGAGAAAAGUCAUAUUAUGGAUGGAUAUACAUGAAUUCCCAACAAAUAUAUCAGGGAUACGUCUACUCCAGUCUUGCAAACGGACAAAUAAUCAUAAGGGUGUUUCCAUCAGUAUAUAAAAAACUCUUUAAACACUUUAAAGAAAAUGUCAAUUGCACCAUUCAAGAUUGCCGAUUUGCCUUGGGAAGUAUUGAGUUGACUGGUCCAGCUGCAUUAUCUUCGUUAAGUAAGAUGCUACAUUUGCAUGAUUCCAAGACUAUAGAAAUCUGGAAACAGUUGACAAGUGUGCAGGAUACUGAUCUUAUACCUAUUGGAACAACAUUUACAUUUGACAGUCAAGACCCACGAAUCUUCAAAAGUUUCAAGAUGUACAAGUCUGACACAACCAACAUCUAUGACGUGAUUAUCUCCCUCCAAUCAACGCAGUUAGUUGACCCAUCCAUAGUCAACCAAAUAUGUCAAUCAGAAUCAAGAAACAACUCAUACAAGGACCAACUCACAAACAAAGACAUUGGAAAAUUCCACGCAAACUUAACCUCACAACCAAAGGAUAUCUCAAAAAGCCAUAUCCCUGCACUUGUGUCCAAGCUAGCACGCCAAAAAUGGAUGAUUAUACUCCCCUGGCAUUGGAUUCUCCCGUUCUGGCUCACACUCGCCAAGAUCCGAGAUGUUAAACCAGGGGGGAUCCAACAAAUAUACCAACUCAAUUUCGAGAAUGGGGUUGGUUCAUUCCCACAGGACUUUCCAUGGUUGGAAGACGGAUGGAUAUAUAAUGACAUCAAUGGCCAAGCUAACUUGUUCAAAGCGAGUAAGUUGCCGAAAAGUCAAGUUACAUUGGCUGCAGCUGAAAGCAAAGUGUCAGAUGUUUUUGAUGCCUACAAAUGUGAUUGGCAUUCCUUGAGGAAUAUCACGUAUAUACAAAAAUUAAAGAACUUGCCGGAAAAGCUCGAGCUGAAGACCAACUAUGCUUCCUUUGAAGGGUUAGAACGGAACAUCACGUCUACCCAUGAUUUAAUCCAAGUCGUGAGGAGCUUAAAGGAGGAGAUUGUUGAUUCUGAACCUGUUAUCGAAUUAUAUGAUGAGACCAAUCCUAACCAUAAGCAAUUUCAUGAUAAUAGCUCUACUAUCGAAUCUAUUCCUGCAAUAGUAAGAUCUAAAUUGCCAGUUAGACAAGUAAGAGUCACACUUAUUGGAGAAGGCACAAUAUCCAACAAUGCAAGAGUAUACUCCGACAAAGACGCUUGUGACGUCAAUGUUAUUGGAUUUGUCACUAGUGGAGGAAUGAACUUGCGUCAAGGGGCAUUCACGGGCAUUGGUGCAAUCGUUGCUCAAGAAUUUAGCAGCCAAAUUUACAUCAGAAAUGUCGGACAGACAAAAUUGUAUUUAGGUAAACUUGAACUUGUAUAGUUACCCGGAAAUAGACAC